AUGGUUGAAGAUCCAAAUAAAUUAGAGCUAUUAAAUUUAAAUAGCAGUCCCGGAUCAAAAAAUGUUUUUAGUGAUUUUAAAGGGUCAAGCACAACCGAUUAUUCAUACCAUAUUGCUGUGGAACAAGCUGUAGGUUUAGAAAAAACUUACAUAACUGAUAUGGCUAUGGAAACAUCGUCUGAUUGUACACUAAGGUUUGCUGUUGCUCUAUCUAAUAAGUCUUGUUCAGUGUAUAAUCUGUCCAAUACACAAUUUUCUCUGAUUUCUUCUUUAAAAGGUCAUGAAAAGUCAGUUAACAAUGUUAGGUUUAGUCCGAAAUCUGAGAAUAUGGUUUAUACUGGUUCAUUAGAUGGAAAAAUAAGAAUAUGGGACCUCAGAAGACAAAAUUGUGUAAAAGAACUUAAAGAUGAUAAUGGGAUUAAACCUUUGUCAUGUUUUGAUGUUUCUUUUGAUGAUAAAUUAAUUUGUGCAGGAUCAGAACUUUAUGAUGGUGAUGCAUUCAUACUAUUUUGGGAUAUCAGGUCGAGAAAACUUUUAGGAGGAUAUUGGGAAUCUCAUACUGAUGAUCUUACUCAAGUAUCAUUUCAUCCAGAAAAAGCUAAUUUUAUUGCAUCAAGCUCAGUAGAUGGGCUAAUAAAUACAUUUGAUAUCAGUCAAAAUGAUGAAGAUGAAGCAUUGAAACACAGUUUAAAUACUGAAUCAUCUGUGGCUAAGGUGAGGUGGCAUAAAAAUAAUUACUUAAGCUGUAUAACUCACACUGAAGUUGUACAGCUUUGGAAUAUAGAGGAAGGUAGACCAGACAUUUCUUUAUCUAGAGAAAAGCUUGGAGAAGUAUUAAAAUCAACCAAUUCUGAUGAUACAUAUGUUAUCGAUGUUCAUCAGAAAUCAAAUGACAAUUUGUUUGUUUUGGCUGGGUCUUCAACAGGAAAAGGCGAAUGUUUAAAAAUGCUGGAAAUUGAAGAAAAUAAAGUUUAUGCAACAGAAUUUAUUGGUAAUCGUCAAAUAGUUAGAACCAGCACUUAUAAUCCAGAGACUCAACUUUUGUGUACUGCGGGGGAAAGUGGGUACAUAAGUGUUUGGAAACCGGGAGAGCCAUCUGAAAAAGUUAAAUGUGGUCUUAAAAAAAUAUCUAAAACAAGAAAUAAGCACAAAUCUAAACCUUAUUAA